AUGUCAGACUUGGAAGCUUUAACUUCAAACAAUAGACCUGCCACAGAUGCACUCAUCACUAUUCGAAUAAUCAAAUCUUUUCCAUAUAGAAAUGUGAAAAACAUAAUCAUUAAGGAUAUCGAUUUGAAAUCUACAACACCGCACAGGUUAUUAGAACAAGUGCACUCAGAAAUCAACACUGCGGGCGCUUUGCGUCCUUAUAGAAACGUUUCGUAUGACUCAAUGAAGAUAUACACUCAAGCACACGGCUCGAAGUCUAUGAACUUGGUGAUUAAUUUUGAAAAAGAUGAUGAAUGGGUCUUGUUAAAACAAGGAGAAGAGGUUCUAAAGGGAAAAAGUCUUUGGGAUUUGAAUGUAAGAAACGAGACUGAAAUCAGUGUGUUCAACUGGGAUGCAUAUCUAGAGUUUAAGAAGAAUCCAGAAGAGAAAUGGUGA